CAAAGGGAAAGGGGUAGCGAGAGUAGAGGAUGAUUUAGCGCCAGAAGUGGAAGGGGUAGUAGAGGUGGCGGUUGCAACAAAGGAGAAGAAAUCACCUAAAUUGCGUUUCCCGGCGAGGAUGUGGAAUGAGACUGUGGUUGGAGGUAGGGUUGAUGUACAAGGAGUACAAGGACAACAAGAUCCCAAAGGGGGAAGCUUGAAGCGCAAACGCGUUUAUCUAGACAUGGAUAAUGAAGUGGAAGCAAGUAACGGAGAGGGAAAAGAGGAAAAGGAGAUACAAGUGGAAGAAAGAGGCCGAAGGAAGCGGACAAAAACGUUGAAAGCCUCUCAAAAUGAAGAGAUUUCAAUGGAGAAGACAAGCGGAACUUCGAGGUCACGUGGGAACGCGGCUUCGGGUUCAGUAUCUAGACCGGCUUCUUGCACCGCUGCCGCUACCGCUGCAUCUUCACAUUUGCGGGAGAAGUUCCUAUCGACCACCCGCGCCAGCCCCCCUUCGCGACCAAGCACACGUUCAGCGGGCCCUCUUGUGCUACCCACCACCAAGCAUUCACCCAGCGACCCCAUCCGCAUAAAUCCCACACCCGCUGCUCCCUCCGCCCUAGCGCUAGAAAUCGCCUCCCGCAUUGUCGACCUACGUUCCCCAUCCUCAACCUCCUCAUCCACCGCAUCGCCGACCCCAACAACACCGCCCAUAUCACCAAACGAAGGUCCCCGCGCAGCCUUCCACCGCCUCUUCCCGCACCUCCCCUCGUUUUCAGACUAUGGGGACAUAGGUGACUGGCGCGAAUUGAUGACUUGGACAAAAGAUAAAGGGUGGUAUGUUAGAGGUGAAGAUGAUAUUUGGGCGAAGCCGGUGUGGAAGAAGCCGGGAUGGAAUGGGAGGGAUGAGAGAUUGGAGAAGCUGUGGGAGGGGUGUGUGAGGAGGUUGGAAGCGGAGAGGGGGUGGACGUGGGAGGAGAGGGAGGAGGAAGGGAGGAAGAGGGGUCUGAGGAGGCCCGUGGACCAAGGGCGUGGUGGCUGUCUAGCGGUGUGAAAGCAUGUGUCUGCGACGACUGUGGGAAUAGCUAGGGUCUUCGGGGUUGUGUAUUGUUGGCGUCUUUGGUGUUAGGGAGGGGGAUGUAUCGCUCAACACGCGCCAUGGUCCUAGGAUUCGUGAUUUCAUCGAGU